AUGUGUGCGAUCAUCGUGUUCGCUGUUUUUGGCUUUGCUAUCUCGUCCGCUGUAGGCGAACCAAUUCGCCUGGAUUUGUUACGAAGAUCUGGCACUGACUACCAAGACAUGGCAGAUUGUCUUGGCGAAGGAUAUGUGGCGGGUGCUGAUGAAGUAGCGAAUGAUCCCCCAGGAACAGAUGCAGAAAGGGCAAACAAAGUUUGUAGUUUUUUGGGGGUAAGCGACUUCCCAAUGUUCCUUUUCUUACCUCCUUAGGAUGGGGACAUGUGUGUAACCGUCCGGGAACAGAAGCAGAAAGGGCAAAGAAAGUUUGUACUUUUGUUGGGGGUGAGCAAUAUCCCUCCGAUCUUUUCCUCACCUCCCUAGGAUGUGGAUCUACGUGUAACCCUCCGGAAACAGAAGCGGAAAGGGGAAACAAACUUUGUUCUUUUUGGUGCGUAAAAAAUAUCCCUCCGAUCUUUUCCUCUCACCUCCAAUCGAGGUAAUCAGGCCUUCGCCAACAACAAAUCUACACAAAGACUAUACGCAACGCCCAAGAAAUGCUGUCCGGCCAACAGCUAGACCAGAAAACAGUCCGUAUUUUUUAUUUGGUUAGAACGCGCGAGCAGCCUAACCAAAGGUCUGUAGAGUAAAACUGGGGGAGACGCGGCGACUAACUUCGCCCUCGUUAGUCGAGAGCUAACUACAAUCUAAGAGUUAAUUGUACAAUGCAGUGAACGGUACGCGGGAUAUAUAUGAUAUAUUUUUUUGCAGAAAUUCCAUGACUGCCUUGUGAGGAAAAUUGAAAAUGGACCAGGAACAGUUCCCAAGAUUCUCUACCUUUCUACAGCUUAUGAAUAUCAGCACCUUUAUAUCGCUCAUAAAGUCGGCUUGUGUACAAACGUGCCGAUUUCGCCUCUAAAAACCAUCGCGGAAGACUCAGGUAUGACCGUUCGAAAGCCCGCACAGUCUAAUUAAGACAGACGGGCCAAAGCGCUCUGGGAACGAGAUAAGAGACCUUUAGAUUCUGCUGAAGGCGAGGACUAAUACUAAAUAAAGUGCGCGCGUCAAACAGCGUCGUUUUGGCGGGAAAACUUGAUAGUCGUCAUUCUAUACAGGUUUUAGCGAAAAUGUUGUAGUGACGGAAACAAAAGUAGGUUGAGUUUGAUCGAGUCAAAUGUAAGACUUUUUAUCAUAUUUUUUUAUCGAACAAAAUUAGUUUAUUGACAAAUGAUACCUAUUUCACAUGCCCUAGAAUAUUUCAUUCCUUUUAACUGCUGUAAUAAUUGCAAUGUCUUUUAACAACCAUUAUUAUUCAUUCAAAAUAUUUUCCCAAUUCUGAUUGGCUAGAAGCACACGCAUAAUUCAUCAUAACCAGUUACUGAUGACCAAAUUUGGAAGAAUUUUGUGUCUAACGAGGACAUGACGUCAAAAAUGCAGCCUUCUACAGGUUAAUGCAUCGUUAACCGAGAAGACCUGGGGACGAGGUUGAGUUGUUUUGGUUGUGAAAACAAAAAAUGGCGGACAUUUCACUCGUUUCAAGAGUAAGAACUAGGCGAAAUUAAAGCUAAAAACAUGGCAAGAACAGCAAGAAUACAACUCAAGGGCGACAUCUGCUAUUUGGAGAAUAUUUGCGGAGCUGAACAACCUUAAACGUGCCCUAUCGAAGGUGAACUUAACAUCGAUGGAGGUGAGCAUAUUUGCGCUUUGUUUUCAAACUAGGAAUUAUUUUGAAUGAAUAAUAAAACAAUUAUUGAAUUCGGCUUUCGUAUCAUCUGAAGAAUUAUGGAGAUCGAGGAGGGUGUUAUCCGUUGAUAACACCCUCCGAGAUCUCCAUAAUUCUUCAUAGGAUACUCAGCCUCAUUCAUUAAUUGUUAAAUAAAUCAUAAAACCGGGAAGUCUUCUCGACUCUUUCACAGCCAUAAAAUACAUCUGUUAGCUCUUUUGGGCCGUUUUACAGACCGAAAUGACAGAUUUCCCUUCCCUUUAAUAUACUUUAACUAUUUAAAUCCCUAGCCUUUCUUAUACCUGAAGCCUACAAAAUGGUACCCAUUUUGGCCUGAGCCUUCCUGUAUAGAUAAUUAUAGGGAGUACCCUAGAUUUGCCUACAAGUCGAGCUCAUAACUUUUCUCGAGCGCAAAGCGCGACCGGAACCGGAAGCUAGAAGCGAAGGAGUUUGACAUUGUCUGGGAGUACCCCAGCUUAUAGGCUGGUAGAAUAAAUGGUUGUGCCUCAAUGUACUUGAUGAACUGAUGUGAGACUUUUUUCACUUUGAACUGUAGGUGUUAUGGAACAGGAUGGCUGGAAGAAAAUAUGUAAGUAUAACGAUACCUACUCUUCCAUUUUGUAAGCAAUCUUUGACUUUUUAAUGGCUAAUUGCAUAUCACUGAUGCCAAGCCUUGAGUAAUGAGUAAUGGGCCCAUGACAAGUCACCUAUUAUAGAAUUAUCAGAUUCAGGGAGAAAUAACGCGCGCGAGUUCCUGACUAACUAAUCAGUACCUUUUGUUUUGUUUACUGAAAGUUUUGUCAUAUUAUCUGCAAAACUAUUGACACCUCGCUCGAAAUAAAAUGUAAAUAAACUAAAACAGCUUUCGAGCCUGUUAAUUAUCUGUACUUUCGAGAAAAGGGGUUCAGGAACCAGGAGAGCGACAGAAAUCGAACCUAUCUCAAGAUAGCUUUUAUGUUUUUUUUAACAGCCGGUCAACCUGAGGACUGCGUGGCAAAUCGCAUGGGUUUUUGCUUCAGCGAUAUGGAGACAUCGUUCGAGAACCAGCAUAACACAGUUAGCCCAAGCUUCAACUACAUCGAGUGCUAUGAAGCCAGUGAUCCUCAUCCAGCGUGCGAUCCCCCUUCGCAGAUGCUGAACGAUUUUAUUUGGAAUGGCCGCUUCAUCAUGAAAAAAGAGUGGGACAGAAUUAGGAAAUAG